GUUUCUACCUCAGAACCUCAAAAAUUUCGAACGUUAAACCCCAAUCAACUAUACAAAAUCCCUCUUUCAUACAGAGGGAACUGAAGAGCCAAAGAAAAUUAGGUCAUCGGGGAAGCCAAGUGGUCGCCGCAGAGAGUCAUCGGAGAAGCCAAGUGGUCGCCGCCGUUGGCCAUUCUUGGCUGUUAAUUCUUUGACGGAGAGAUGUUUUAUUCGCACACAUUCUUGGCUCGAAAGGGUCCAUUAGGGACAGUAUGGUGCGCUGCACAUUUACAACACAAGUUGAAGAAACCCCAUUAUACUUCUACUAACAUUCCCUCCACUGUUGAGCGCAUCAUGACUCCUGAAGUACCUAUUGCGUUGCGAACGUCUGGCCACCUUCUACUUGGAGUUGUUCGGAUAUACUCAAAGCAAGUUGAAUACUUUUCCGAGGACUGCAAAACAUUACUAAUGGGAGUUAUAAAGGCCUUCUCAUCCACAAAUGUCAAUCUGCCAGAAGAUGCCACUCAUGCACCAUACCACUCUAUCACUCUACCAGAAACAUUUGAACUUGAUGCCUUAGUUUUUGAUGAAGAUCUUGACCUGAAUAGGGUUAAGGAUACUCAUGUUAAAAGUUAUGAAGAGAUAACUUUGGAAGAUCAAAUUGUAUCGCAUGAAGAUCAGUAUGUUGCUAUUUUCAUUGAUGAGGACACAAUGAAGAAUUUGUCAAAAUCAGGUGAAGUUUCUGGAUUAGGUGCCAUGCCCAUGGAGACAGACGAAACUGCUGCUCAACCCCAACAUUCUCCCCCUAAGAAUCAGGAAGGACUAAACCAAGGAACUGUUCGUGAUGACAUUCCUCAAGAUAUUCCAGAAAUUGAACUCAUGCGUGAUGCUGUCCAUGAUCGUAGUUUUGAGAAUGUUCCCUUGUGGUCAGGCCGAGGGAAUGAUGUGAUGGAACCAGAUAGAAUUCUGGAGGAACAGAUCACGAGAGACAAGGAAACUGCAAGCCCAGUUGUGGAAGAGAUAUUGGCCCCCGGAGGACAUUCAAUCCCAUCUCAACAACGACAAGAACCACCGUCAGCUACUUCAGUGGAGGCUCACGAAUUUGCUGAUCCACAGAUAUCAUUUGGGCAUCAGUCACCUGAUUUAGCUCUUCUUUCAACACCACCUCCCGAGGCGCUAAAAAUAAGAAGAAAGCGAAAGUUACUCAUCUAUGAUAAGGACAUAGUAGUGCCAAAUCAUGAGAUGAAAAGGAGACUACAGGGCAUCGGUAUAAAAUUGCGGGAAAAGAAGAAGGUUCCUUGUUCUUCUUUGGACAUCUGGAAACAAAACAAGAGACUAAGAAAAGAUGGAAUUUUCUUUGAGCCUUUAAUAACCGGAUUAUGCGAUGAUCUCCGCAAUAUCUACAAGGAAGACUUCAUUUCAGCAAAAGUCAAGAUGGCUUCCUCACAGGAGAAUCAUGCAGAACCCAGCGAUAACCAAUACCCUCCAUCUGGGAAUGAUCUUCCGAUGGAAAUUGAAAGACUACGUUAUAAUCAAGACCUUGCAAGCACCGAUUUGUUGUCUGAGAUUUUGCCUUCACCAAAUAGGCUGAUUUCCUCUCCACAGAUGUCCAUGCCUUCCCCAAGCAGAAGAGAUGACUUCAGUCCUGCUACUACAACUUUUGGGACAGAAUCAGGUCAGAUAGGAAGAACCAUAGAUAGUGUGGUGCGGCCCACGCCUGACCCAGCAGCAUCUACUGGGCAUGCUGGUUCUGAUAUGGAGACCCCUUCAACAUGGUUUGGAGAAGGACUAAAUGUGGAGGAUACCGUUCUAUCUGAUAUUCCUGAGUUUGAUAAUUCUGCCGGGGAUCUAAGUUUUCUAGAACAAGAUGACGACACUCCUAUUGGACUUCGGGGAACUCCUUCGUCAAGUAAGCAAGGGGGAACGCCAGAGUUUGACACAUUAUCUGCUAGAACAAGAGCCGUGGCUCAAUAUUUGAAGGGGCAGUCACCAGUAACCCCCAUCUCAGAAGAGACUGGAGAUAUCAGCUUAAAUGCAAUUUUAGAAGGCAAAAAGAGAAGAGUAUGCGCCCGAAUGUUUUAUGAGACUCUGGUGUUGGAGAACUGUGGACUUGUACGUGCGAAUCAAUGUGAACCUUAUGGUGAAAUAACUCUGAAAGUGACUUCCAAACUGAAGGAGAAAUUUUCAAGCUGAAGCCAGUGUGUAGAACUACAUAUAGAGUUAAAACAUUGUACAGAGAUGCAGUGCUCAUGAAGAUGUAUAACCUUGGCAGCCAUUUUCUUUUCUAAAUUAUUAUGUACUUUUACGUUAUAGAGAACAAGGUGGAAGUGGUGUCCGUGAUGAAUAUGAUAAUGGCAAAAUGUUCAUCAUUGUUCAAAGAUGGUCCUAAGCACUCUGUUUUUGAGCUGCUCAAACCCUCUGCUUAUAUAGUUAUAACAAAAUGUUCAAAAUUCUUUAUUGUAAAUGACAUAAAUUACAAGGAAUAUAAUUAGUAUGAGUAGAUUUUAAACUCUA